UAAAUCACUAGCAGAUAAAUGUAACUUCUUAUAUCGUAUUUUUUUCCUCCGUGAGACGUCAUAUACAAGUUUUGUUCAUUUUAUUACACAUGAGUGUAAUUAGGAAGGGAGGGAGGAUGGGAUUAAAAUAAAGGAAUGAAGUAUCUCAGGUGUUGACACGUUGUCAGGAGGAUACUGUGGCAGACCUCAGCAAAGUGGGUUAUAAUGUCGUUUUCUGUAAGAAUGUAUCAAUAUGCCAAGUGAACAGACCUUGUAAAUGUAAGUUAUGUUGCCAUGAAAGUCGACAAGCAUAUUUAUUAAUAUUCUUCAGAAGACCAAGGACAUGAGAAAUUGGAAUUUUCUACAUUUAUGGUCAUGGCUGCUGUCUCACGUUCGUUAUUCUCGGGUCAACCUUGUGGAUGACCUCAAGCAUCAGUCACCUCCAAACUUACAGCAGAAAGAUGAUGAAAAUAUGGGACAUAGUAAUUCUCCAGACUUAAGAUUUGGAAAGCGCCACGUCCUCAUCAUUUUAUUAUUUUUGGGAUUUGCUGGCGUUUAUGCCAUGCGAGUUAACUUGUCUGUGGCCAUUGUUGCAAUGGUUAAAUCUCAUCCCCACAGUCAAAAGCAAAUCGUUAGAGUUGAUGAUACAUGUCCAGUGUCUGUGUCACAGAAAAGACAGGCAAUGUCUUCCGAAAUUAAAGGAGAAUUUGACUGGGAUGAAAAAACCCAGGGGAUGAUCCUUGGGAGUUUCUUUUAUGGCUACCUCUUAACAAACUACCUUGGUGGAAGACUGGCCGAGAGAUUGGGAGGACGGCUUAUUUUCGGUGCAGGGGUGACACUUACUGGGCUUCUCACUGUCAUCUCACCAAUGGCAGCCAGACAUUCCUCUACUGCAUUUGUUAUCAUAAGAAUUCUAGAAGGAAUGACUGAGGGUGUGACAUUCCCAGCCAUGAAUGUGAUGAUGUCAUAUUGGAUUCCACCUCAGGAGCGGGCACGUUCCUUAGCUCGUAUUGUUGGAGGCUGUCAAAUUGGAACCGUGGUAACACUGUCAAUAAGUGGAUGGCUGACUCAAACAGAAUGGGGAUGGCCAUCAGUCUUCAUAAUAUUUGGGCUGUAUGGCCUUGCCUGGGGCUGUUUCUGGUUCAUGUAUGCUUAUGAUUCUCCAGAUCUGCACCCUACCAUCUCCACUACUGAAAAACUUUACAUUAAGCAUGGUACUGGUGAUCACAGGAAAAAUGAGAGGCUGGAUGUACCAUGGCAAUCCAUUUUCACAUCAACUCCAUUCUUGGUGGUAAUUGCGGCUCAUGUUGGUCAAAACUGGGGUUUCUACUGCAUACUGACAGAGCUUCCCACGUAUCUCAAGAAUAUCCAACAUUUUGACAUGAAGCAGAAUGGUAUAUUAUCAGCAAUGCCAUAUUUGGUCAUGUGGCUGUUUAGUCUGGUGUAUUCUACCUACAUGGAUCAUCUUCUUGAGAAAGGAAUUCUCUCUACCAAGCAAAUUCGACAACUUUCAACAGUUAUUGCCACUUACAUUCCCAUGAUAUCAUUGCUACUUAUUCCCUGGGCGGGCUGUGAUGGUCAUCUGGUUGUAGUAUUAAUUUGCAUCGCUGUUGGAACCACCGGAGCCUCAUUCUGUGGGAUGCACUGUGCAUUUCAGGAACUUGCACCUAACUUCUCGGGUACAUUGACUGGCAUAUCCAACACUAUGGCUACAAUUCCUGGGUUCUUAGCUCCUGCUGUGACUGGAGCCAUCAUCAACAAUCAGCAAACACUGAAUCAGUGGAAGAAAGUGUUUCAGUUGGUGUCUCUUGUAUAUCUGAUACUUUGCUCCCUCUACCUCAUCUUCUUGUCAGUGGAGGUUCAGCCUUGGAAUGAAGGCAACACUGAGAAACGAAAACGACCCUUAAAGGAGAUUGUUGAACUGAAAUCUGUUUGAGAGUGCAAUACUGUACUUCUUAAUUACUGUGGUAUUAUCUAGUCUAGUACAUAAUACUGGAUUUUGCAUACUAUAAAUUGCUAUUUUAAUAUCUAUAUUUAUUAUGUAAUUGGUCAUCCUACCUUGGUGUGAUAUGGCCAGUUUGUUGACAAAAAAAAUAGUAUAAAUUGGUAUUACAGCAUAAUAAUUUAUAAAUUACUUUUAAGGUAUUUUCUUCACCAUGGUAAACUUUUUUUGCCCAGAGAUAUACUUAACAAUAGUGGACAGCAGCCACCCAGGGAGGUACUGCUGUUCUGCUAAAUGAAUGUGAAACAGAAACCUUUAAUUGUUUUACAUGAUGGUAAAAGUAGGUCUUAGACAGGGAUGUGUAAUGUCACCAUGGUUGUUUAAUAUAUUUAUAGAUGGGGUUGUAAAAGAAGUAAAUGCUAGGGUGUUCGGGAGAGGGGUGGGAUUAAAUUAUGGGGAAUCAAAUUCAAAAUGGGAAUUGACACAGUUACUUUUUGCAGAUGAUACUGUGCUUAUGAGAGAUUCUAAAGAAAAAUUGCAAAGGUUAGUGGAUGAGUUUGAGAAUGUGUGUAAAGGUAGAAAGUUGAAAGUAAACAUAGAAAAGAGUAAGGUGAUGAGGGUAUCAAAUGAUUUAGAUAAAGAAAAAUUGGAUAUCAAAUUGGGGAGGAGGAGUAUGGAAGAAGUGAAUGUUUUCAGAUACUUGGGAGUUGACGUGUCAGCGGAUGGAUUUAUGAAGGAUGAGGUUAAUCAUAGAAUUGAUGAGGGAAAAAAGGUGAGUGGUGCGUUGAGGUAUAUGUGGAGUCAAAAAACGUUAUCUAUGGAGGCAAAGAAGGGAAUGUAUGAAAGUAUAGUAGUACCAACACUCUUAUAUGGAUGUGAAGCUUGGGUGGUAAAUGCAGCAGCGAGGAGACGGUUGGAGGCAGUGGAGAUGUCCUGUCUAAGGGCAAUGUGUGGUGUAAAUAUUAUGCAGAAAAUUCGGAGUGUGGAAAUUAGGAGAAGGUGUGGAGUUAAUAAAAGCAUUAGUCAGAGGGCAGAAGAGGGGUUGUUGAGGUGGUUUGGUCAUUUAGAGAGAAUGGAUCAAAGUGAAUGACAUGGAAAGCAUAUAAAUCUAUAGGGAAAGGAAAGAGGGGUAGGGGUCGUCCUCGAAAGGGUUGGAAAGAGGGGGUAAAGGAGGUUUUGUGGGCGAGGGGCUUGGACUUCUAGCAAGCGUGCAUGAGCGUGUUAGAUAGGAGUGAAUGGAGACAAAUGAUACUUGGGACCUGACGAUCUGUUGGAGUGUGAGCAGGGUAAUAUUUAGUGAAGGGAUUCAGGGAAACCGGUUAUUUUCAUAUAGUCGGACUUGAGUCCUGGAAAUGGGAAGUACAAUGCCUGCACUUUAAAGGAGGGGUUUGGAAUAUUGGCAGUUUGGAGGGAUAUGUUGUGUAUCUUUAUACGUAUAUGCUUCUAAACUGUUGUAUUCUGAGCACCUCUGCAAAAGCAGUGAUAAUGUGUGAGUGUGGUGAAAGUGUUGAAUGAUGAUGAAAGUAUUUUCUUUUUGGGGAUUUUCUUUUCUUUUUUUGGGUCACCCUGCCUCGGUGGGAGACGACCGACUUGUUGAAAAAAAAAAAAAAUGACUGCUAGUAUUUUCUUUCUCUCACAAACACGUGGAAUAACAGGUAUAUCUUGCUACUUCUACUUACACUCGGGUCACACUACACAUGCAUGGACACGCAUAUAUAUUUACACACCCAUCUAGGUUUUCUUCUAUUUUCUUAAUAGUUCUUGUUCUUCUUUAUUUCCUCUUACUUCCAUGGGACAGUGGAACAGAAUUCUUCCUCCGUAAGCCAUGCAUGUUGUAAGCGUCGACUAAAAUGCUAGGAGCAAGGGGCUACUAACCCCUUCUCUGUAUAAGUGACUAAAUUUAAAUUUACAAAGAAAAACUUUUGUGUUUGUUAUUAGGUCACCCUGCCUCAGUGGGAUACAGCCAGUUUGUUGAAAAAAAAAUGUACACACACACACAUACACCCAACUGACUUUUCUUCUAUAUUCUUAAUAGUUCUUGUUCUUAUUUAUUUCCUUUCAUCUCCAUGGGGAAGUGGAAAAGAAUCUUUCUUCUGUAGGUCAUGCAUGUCGUACGAGGCAACUAAAAUGCCAAGAGCAAAGUGCUAGUAACCCUUACUCCUGUAUAAAUUACUGUAUGUAAAAGAAGAUAAAUUUUAUAGUUUUCUUCUGUUUUGAUAGGAGACAGCUGGUGCAGUAUAUUGAAGAAAAUAAUACAUGAGAUAAAAAGCGCUUAGAUAAUUUUCAACAAAAUAUUAAUCUAUCAUUUUAUCAUUAUGCAUAUUUCAUUAUACGAAAAUUGCAAGAAGGGGGCUGGAGGCAGUGGAGAUGUCAUGUCUAAGGGCAAUGUGUGGUGUAAAUAUGUAUUAUGCAGAGAAUUUAUAGUGUGAAAAUUAGGAGGUGUGGAGUUACUAAAAGUAUUAUUCAAAGGGGUUGUUGAGGUGGUUUGGUCAUUUAGAGAGGAUGGAGCACAGUAGGAUGACUUGGAGGGUUGUAUAAAUCUGUAAUGGAGGGGAAGAACGAGUAGGGGUCGUCCUAGGAAAGGAUGGAGGGAGGAGGUAAAAGAGGUUUUAUGUGCAAGGGGCUUGGACAUGCAGCAGGCAUGUGUAAGCAUGUUAGAUAUGAGUGAAUGGAGAUGAAUGACGAGAUGUUAGAGUGUGAGCAGGGUAAUAUUUUUUGAAGGGAUUCAGGGAAACCGGUUAGCCAGACUUGAGUCCUGGAGGUGGGAAGUACAGUGCCUGCACUUUGAAGGAGGAGUUUGGGAUAUUGGCUGUUUGUAGUGACAUCUAAACUGUCAUAUCUGGGUACCUCUGCAAAGACAGUGAUUAUGUGUGAAUGAUGGUGAGAGUGUUGAAUGAUGGUGAAAGUGUUUCUUUUUUGGGGUCACCCUGCCUCGAUGGGAGAUGGCCAACAUGUUGAAAAAAUAAAAAAUAAAAAGUACUGCUGUACUUUUUAUCUCAUGUGCUCACUAGAGUGAUUGAUUUAUAUUUUUGUGGUUUAGGUUUAGCUUGAUGAGCCUUGAAUGAUCUAAUUGGUCAGAGUGUUCUGCAAAUAUUACAAUUUCCUUCUUUCAGGUAAUAAAUUGGAAAAAUCUUUUUGUCUUCCCCUCUUUAUCAUUGUGUUCAUACUGUUCUUCAUCUUUCUUCUUCCAGAUGGAAUUCAGUGUUUAGUCAGGCUUAAAUAUAUUGUUAUUAUUAUUAUUAAUACAGUAUUUUUUAUAUACUAACAUGCUAGGAUUAAAUUCUGUAUGGCUAGGAAAAGUCAUUAUGGGGUAUGAAUGAAGGAUUCUAGUUGCUAGAAGGUAAGUUUUGUUUCUUAAGUCAUGUUUGCACCAUCUUUGAGAAUUAUAGAUUUUAGUUGCCUGGAAGCUAUUGAAGAACAAUGGUUAUAGUGAUUAUUGAUAGGCUGAUGCAGCCAGUAAAUACUUUACCUGGCCUCUUGCUAAGGCAUUAAGUAUUCAUGAUAAUUGUUUAACAGCUGAUGGCCAAAGCCAAUAUCUUCAUACUUUGUUAAUGACUGUUAAUACAGUGGACCCCCGGUUUACAAUCAGCUCCCAAUGCGACCAAUUAUGUAAGUGCAUUUCUAUGUGUAUGUUUAGGGGUCUGAAAUGGACUAAUCUAAUUCACAAUAUUCCUUAUGGGAACAAAUUCGGUCAGUACUGGCACCUGAACAUACUUCUGGAGUGAAAUAAUAUUGUAAACCGGGGGUCCACUGUACGUAUAUGUAUAUUGUUUGCACUAUCUUUGUGAUUCAACUUUUUAUAACUUUCCAAAUUACAUCACUCCUAAUGACAUAUCCAGAUAACACAUUCUCAUUUCCUCUGCUUAUCUUCACAUGGUAUAAUAAGAUCUAGAUGUGAGGCAACCUACUAUACUAUAGCCCUGAUUAGAUCCUGAUAAGAAUCGAUGUUCAGUCUCUUAACAUUACAUUGUCUUCUUAGUCAGAUAUAUUUGUUAUGGUCUUAUUGGUAGAUUAUAUAAGGAAUUUAAUUUAAUUUUUAUUAUAAGGUUUAAAACUCUAUCCAUACUAGAUACAAUGUGUGCUGAAACCUUAAUUGUAAGCCAAACUUGGAGAAGCAUUUCCACACAUAACCUCUGUAUUAGGUGUGCAAAUAUUAAUGCAUUUAUCAGUGAAAGGAAUAAUACAAAUGGACCUAAGAACUUAUAAUUUGUAUUUGUUUUUUGUUGAUAGGUGUGUAGAAUCAUAGACUUGCUUCUCCAUAGUCCUCUGCCCUUAUUGUACAUCUCUUUUUUCUUUAAACUUGGGAUCACAGUGAGGCCUUUCUUUUAUCAACUUGAGAUGUACUAUAUGGGCAGUACAAAGAAGAAAGAUGAUGUUGUAGUCAGUAAGUGCCUUGAUGGAGUUAUUUUCUUUUGGGAAUAAAGUUUGUUUAUGUGCUUUCAAAUUUAAUUUAGGUUUUCUUCAAAACAGGCACAUAGAUAUCUUCUUUUAGGCACAGAAAAAGCUAUAGUAAAGGGAUUACAUAAGUAUUGUCAUGCCUCAGUUAAUGCUGUAUUUUUAAGUUUAAAUGCUGUUUUAUUUUUAUAGUAUAUAUUAUAAGAAGUGAAUGAUAGGGUGUUGGGGAGAGGUGUGGGAUUAAAAUAUGCAGAAUCUAAUAUAAAAUGGGAGUUGUUACAGUUGUUUUUUGCUGAUGACACUGUGCUUUAUGAAAGACUGGAUAUCAGAUUGGAAGGAGGGAGUAUGGAGGAAAUGAACGUGUUUAGAUAUUUGGGAGUGGACUUGUUGGCAGAUGGGUGUAUGAAAGAUGAGGUGAACCAUAGAAUUGAUGAAGGGAACAAGGUAGGUGGUGCAUUGAGGCAUCUGUGGAGACAAAGAACAUUGUCCAUGGAGGCAAAAAGGGGAAUGUAUUGAGAGUAUAGUGGCAUCAACACUCUUAUAUGGGUGUGAAGCUUGGGUUGUGAAUAUUGUAGUGAGGAGGAGGCUGAAGGCAGUGGAGAUGUCAUGUCUGAGCAUUAUGUGUGAUGUAAAUAUUAUGCAGAGAAUUGGUGGCUUGGAGAAUAAGAGUAGGUGUACAGUAACUAAAGGUAUUAUCCAGAGGGCUGAGGAGAGGUUGUUGAGGUGGUUUGGACAUUAAGAGAUAAUAGAGAAAAUAGGAUGACUUGGUGGGUGUAUAAAUCUGUUGUGGAAGGAAAGUAGGUAGUGGUCAUCCUAGGGAAGGUUGGAGGGAGGGGAUAAAGGAGGUUGUGUGUGUGAGGGGUUGAACGCAUUAAAUAGGAGUGGAGGUAAAUAGUUUUUGGGACUUGAUGAGCUGUUGGAGUGUGAGCAAGGUAACAUUUGUAAAGGAAUUUAGGGAAACCAGUUAGUCAGACUUCAGUACUGGAGGUUGAAAGUACAGUGCCUGCACUCAGAAGAAAGGGUGGGGAUAUUUACCAUUUGAGGGGCACCUGAAUAUAGUGUUGGCAUGACUGGCAAGAUAGCGAUAGAGUGAAUGAUGGUGUGUUAAAAAAUAAUAUACUUGCAUAAUUAAAUUUUUCAAAUUUGAAAACUAGUAACUUCACAUUCAAAUCUAGUCAACAGUUUAAUUUUUUUUUUUUUUUCAACAAGUCGGUCAUCUCCCACCGAGGCAGGGUGACCCAAAAAAGAAAGAAAAACAGUUUAAAUAUCCUAAUUAAAUGAAUAUUUAUGAUUUCCUCAGGAAAUGAAAAUAAGUUGCUUUUGGUAAUUAGAAAGUUAUAAAAAUUACAAUUUUAAUGAAUGGUACAUCAUAGCUGUAUGAAAUCUGUAAUAUAGCUGUGAAGGGCAGCUAGACAAUUGCUCAUUCGUCAAUAUUUGUGACCCCUGUGGUUGAUACUGAUGUGAAAUUUGGCAUGAACUGCCUUGUUGAAUAGGUUGCUCAACAUGAAUAGUGACCAAAUUAUUGCUAUAAAUAGUUACUGUAUGUAAUAAACAGCUUAUAUUAUGAUAACACUGAACCUUUUAGCAGGCCAGUGAUCACUGCCUCAUGAGAACACUGAUCUUUGUGGCACCCUACUGAUCACUCUGCUACUUGGUGACACUGAUCCUUGUGGCACCCUACUGAUCACUCUGCUACUUGGUGACACUGAUCCUUGUGGCACCCUACUGAUCACUGCAUCAUGAUAACACUGACCCUUGUGGUGCCCCACUGAUCACUCUGACCCACAAUGAUAUAUUUCCUCUUACCACUGUUCUUAUUUUGUAUAUAUGUAAAGUUGUACAGAUGUAAUGGUCACUAACUGUGGUUGCUUGAAAUUAAUAGAAGUGAUUCAUUUAUUCAAGAUGCUUUCUAUAUUUUGUACUUUAUAGUGAUGUUGUGCAAGUCCCUUAACUUUGGAAGUUUGUAUUUAAAUGUUUGGAAUGCAAAUUAUAGUACUGGGUUCUUAAUUGUACAGUAGUACUCUAAUAUUAUCAAUAAAAAAUAUUCUUUGUAUUAUAUAUAGAUACAAAAUUUAUUUUGUAUUCCACCUCAGUCAUUUUUGUUUGUUCUUCUGUUUUAUGUGUUGGCCCUUAACAGUUGCCUUAAUUCUCUUACUUAUAUUGUUUCAGGAUAUCUCUUAGAACUUUUAUCAGCAUUUUAACAUGGUCCAUAGUCAGUCUAUUUCUCCUAUUUAAGAUCAGUUCCUCCCAGCUUUGCAUUCUUAUAUUACAUUUUGCAGGACAGAUUGUAAUUUAUCAAGUUCUACAAGCCUGUCUUGCUUGCAAAACUGGACCUCUGUACUACAUUCACUAGCCAUUAAUUUAUUAACAUGGUAUCCGGUAAGGCCAUUGUUGUGUCAGUGAUGUAUCUUACUACUGUAUGAUAUGGAAUGUGCAGUUUUAUUGGGAUGCACAUGAUUGACACUAGCAAAGAAUGUUCAGCAUAAAAUUUCCAGGUCAAAACAACUAAAAAUCUGCUUCCUUUUAUAGUACAUAUUAGGCUGAAUCUUCUUCUCUUUUUUAGUAAUUGUAUACAGGAGAAGGGGUUACUAGCCCAUUGCUCCCGGCAUUUUAGUCGCCUCAUACGACACGCAUGGCUUACGGAGGAAAGAUUCUUUUCCACUUCCCCAUGGACAAUAGAAGAAAUAAAAAAGAACAAGAGCUAUUUAGAAAAAGGAGAAAAACCUAGAUGUAUGUAUAUAUAUAUAUGCAUGUGCGUGUCUGUGAAGUGUGACCAAAGUGUAAG